UGCCUUCCCGUUUUGUGAGUGUCAAAUAAGAGAGAUUUUCUCAGUGGGAUUUAUUUUUGAGAUAUCUAAGAUAUUGUAGGCGUCUUUGACCACUUGAGGACCAGGCGAAAGAUGUCGGAGAAGAACCUCAAGGUGGGGCAGCGCGUGGAGGUGACUGGGAAGGAUGUACGUGGCCAGGUGGCGUAUGUGGGGAUGACAUCAUUCGCCACAGGAAAGUGGAUCGGAGUGAUUCUGGAUGAGGCCAAAGGCAAGAACAAUGGCACAAUUAAGGGCACAACUUACUUUACCUGUCAGGAGAAUCACGGGACUUUCGUGAGGCCGAGUCAGCUGGUUGUGUUGGACGACAGUGGGAAUCCCAUGGAGGACACCAGUCCAGAGGAGAAGCCCCGCUCCAGGUUGAGCAGCUCUAGUUCAAUACGCUCUGUGAACACCACGAAGCCCACGGCUGUGAGACGGAAGUCACCUGUAAAAGCGCCCUCAGCUCGCAAAGCAAGUUCUAUGACUUCAUCGACAUCAAGGUCGUCAAAAAAUUCUCGGCUGUCUCUGACCGGCAGCAGGCAGAGUCUCGUGGGAUCCAGGAGCCAAUUGGCCUCACCGGCGGGAGAAAAGAUCGCCGGAGCAACGACAACAGAUGGUAAAGAAGCUCCAGCUUCGAAGAUCCCAGAGAAGCGAUCUAUGGCUCCACCAGAGUCAUCUCUGUCCUCCAAGAGAUCUUCUUUCGUGGAGACGGGCUUCCUAGAGACGCUGAAGCCUCAGUUCACCCCUGGUCAGUCUUUAACGUCUCCGUCUCCUGCCCUCACGGCGGAGGACAAGUUAGCGGCUCUGCAGCAACAGCAAGAGAUUGAUGAUCUCAAGGGUCAAGUGAAGGAUCUCACGGAGAAACUUGAAACACUGAGGUUGCGUCGUGCUGAAGACAAGGAGCGCCUUCGUGAAUUUGAUAAGAUGAAAACCCAGUUUGAGCAACUGCAAGAGUUUAAGCACAAAAUUAUGGACGCCCAGACGCAGCUUCAAAGGGAACUACAGCGAGCCAGGCAGGAAACGAAAGAUGCCAUUGAAGCUCGUGACAGACAUGCCGAAGAAAUGUCAGAUCUGUCUGAGAAUGUGGAGAUGAUUACGCUAGACAAGGAGAUGGCAGAAGAGAAGGCAGAUACGCUGCAGAUGGAGUUAGAUCAAGCGAAAGAGCGCAUUGAGGAGCUUACACUGGAUUUGGAGAUAAUCAAGACGGAGAUGCAGAACAAGGGUGGAGAAGGUCAAGCGGAUGCAGCGACUUUGUAUGAGUGCAAGCAACUUGAACAGCAGAAUGCACGGCUCAAGGAGACUUUGGUGAGAUUGAGGGAUCUCCUGGCGCACAAUAAUCACGAGAGUCAGAAGAUGCACAAGGAGUUGGAGACGAAGAAGUCUGAAGUAGCGGAAUUGCAUCGCACCAAGGAGAAGUUGUCAAGCAGGGUGGAUGAGUUGGAGGCACAGAAUGUGGAUCUGCAAGAGCAGGUGGAUGCUGCGCUGGGAGCUGAGGAAAUGGUAGAGCAGUUGGCAGAGAAGAAGCUUGAGCUUGAGGACAAGGUGAAGGUGUUGCAAGAAGAGGUGGCUGAGCUGGAGGCAUUGGAAGAAGUGCACGAACAGCUUGUGGAGAGCAACCACGAGUUGGAAAUGGAUUUGCGAGAGGAACUUGAUAUGUCGCAUGCUGCCAAGCGCGAGGCGAUCAGAGAAAAGGAUGCAGCUCUAGAGACGAUCGUGGAUCGUGAUCAAACGAUCCUGAAGUUCAGAGAAUUGGUGCAGAAGCUCAACGAACAAUUGCAGGAUAUGCGUGAGAGGGUGAAUCAAGAGAAUACGAAACUGGCAAAGGACACUAUCGCAGAUACGAUUGAUUUCAAGCAGAUGUUUGCCGAGUCGAAGGCCUUCACGAGAGCAAUUGAUCUGCAGCUUAGGCAAAUUGAACUCACUCAGGCAAACGAGCACGUGCGCCUUCUGUCAGCGUACAUGCCGGACACUUUCAUGAACCGCGGUGGAGAUCACGAUGCCAUACUCGUGAUCCUGCUUGUAUCACGCAUCGUCUUCAAGGCAGAUAUUAUUGUAAAUCAGGGCAGAGAACGCUUUCCGCAGCCUACCACCUUUGACCGGGGUGCUAUUCUUCAGGCUCACGACAUCCAUCAGUUUGAAUUCCGAUCACGCCUACUGCAUCACGUGCACAAUUUGCAAACUAUAAUGCAUCAAUUCCUAUUCGGUCUCAACUCUUGUACACCAGAGUUGUUAAUGAAAGCCGGUGCCUCAUUGCCUGAGAUGGUGGCUCAGGAGAAGACAAUUGAUGGCAUUGUUGAGUUGCUGAAAGCCAAUCAACUUGAUGAGAAUUCAUCGACGGAGAACUUGGAAAAAUGCAUCUCUUUCUUCAAUGCAAUGUUCUCAGUUCUUCUGGCUUCGGAGCAACUGAUGAAUGAGACUCAGUACGUCAGAGACUGUAUCGCAUCAAUUGGAGCUGCUUGUGACUCAAUCAGCACGGAUGCUACACUUGUGCAGGCGCUGAUCAAGGGCGGAGAUGAGACCAGUGACUCAGGAUUGCUCCUGCAGUAUGUGAUUCAGAAUGCUGAAUCCAUCAGGCAACAGCUAAAGUUGAUAAAGAGACGCCUUCCGCAGGAUAUAAAUGUGCUUAAGUGCAAUUUGUCUCCGAAGACCAUGGCUAAUCUGAAGCAGACGGCUGACAGUCUUGGGAAACUAAUGAUGGUACUGUUCCUGGUAGCUAAGCAAGUUUUGCAUCACGUAACAGUGAAUACAGAAGCUGGAGAUGCUUCGGUGAAUCACGCAAAAUUGUGGGACUUCCUCUCGGCGGCCUGUGAUAGGAUUUAUGAACAGGACGAUCGUGGUCCGUCGCAAAACAUGAGAAAUGUACUCAGCGCGGUGAACACUGAUAUGUCUCAGCUGGCGCAGUAUCUGCUGGAUCAUGAGUACGAGAUCAUGGCAGCUCCGGUGGCUGUGGAGAAACCCACAGCUCCGAUUGUGCAGCGAGCACAGUUCAUUAAGAAGCAACUGGAAGAAACCAAGACACUUACUGCAACUUUGGAGAAUCGAGAAGCGGAGAUCAGACAGCUGAAGCUAGCGGCCAAGAUGAAACAGAAUGAGUUGUCAGAGAUGCAGAUCCGAAAGGACUUGGCCGAGAAGAAACUGUCAGUGCUACAGCAUGACAAUGAGAUAAAUAUUGAGAAGUUGCAGAGAAAAUACGAUGAGACUCUGCAGUUGCUGAAGAAGAAGGAAAAGGACUUUGAGGAGACAAUGGACCAUCUUCAGAGUGAUAUUGACACACUGGAGAAUGAGAAGGGAGCGCUUAGAGAGAAACUGAAGUCGCACAGCAGCAAAAAGGGCGAUCUCAAGUCAACCACAGCCUUUGAUAUUACCGCCUCGUCGCCUUACAUUGCUCAGGAACUGUCUCUUCUGCAAAAGGCCUUUGCCGAAGAAAGAUCGGAACGCAUGAAACUCCAAGCAAGUGAGUACAUGAGGAUCCUCGGUAGUCUGGAGCCAAUACAUGUGCCGAAGCCACCGGAUAAUCGCAUCAAGGAUCUGGAGAAGCAGCUCAGAGAUGUCAAGCAUGAGUGGAUAAUGUCGAUGGUAAAGGAGGGUGAUAUUCCCGAGGGCAACACAAAGCACACUAGCAUUCAGAAGCGACUUCAGGACCAAGAAAAUGAACUUAAGCAGGCUAGAAGUGACUUAAAGUUGCGAGCUGAAUCAUUGGCCAGUGAAAUUUUAACAGAAUAUCUACAGAGGAAACCUCAUCGUUCGGCCAAGAGUGACUUUGCGAAAUUCCCCGCCGUUCACUUGACAAAGGCAAUGAGGGAGCAGUAGAUGGAGGAAAAGCUUUUAUAUGUCUCACACAAGUAUCCUCAUCGUUAAUUUAUUCUCUAUAUAUUGAACAAAAGGCAUUCUUAUCACUAAAAAAAA